ACGGAGUUUCUAGAAGGAAGCACAGCUGACAUACGUCUCCAUCCUCGGUGUUCAGGCGCGGCUUUCAGAUGGGUGUGGUUUUUUAGGAAGUGGACUUUUCCUCUUACAGAGAGCUGAAUAGUGAAUAUUGACUUUAACUGGAUCAUGACUAAAAUCUGAAGGGUCUUCAAGAAGAAGCUCACGUUUUAGAUUCCUCAUGUGUCAUUUUUGAGAAGUCUAGGCAGGGUAUCUUUGUCGGAGCCUGUACACUAAACAAGAACAAUGGGGCUCCUGCAGCUGCUGAAAUCACAGUUUCUGUGUCACCUGAUCAUCUGCUACGUGUUUCUGGUCAGCGGACUCAUCAUCAACCUGCUGCAGCUCUGUACUUUACCUCUGUGGCUGGUCAACAAGCAGCUAGCCCGCAGGGUCAAUGUCAGGCUAGGAUACUGCAUCACCAGCCAGAUGGUUGCUGCCCUGGAGUGGUGGUCUGGGACUGAAUGCACGCUGUACACAGACCCGAAGAGCUACCCGCUGUAUGGGAAUGAGAAUGCAAUUGUUGUUCUUAACCACAGCUUUGAGCUGGAUUUCCUGUGUGGUUGGACAUUCUGUGAGCGAUUCGGUGUGCUCGGGAGCUCAAAAGUGUUAGCAAAGAAAGAGUUGAUUUAUGUACCUGUGAUUGGUUGGAUGUGGUACUUCCUGGAGAUAGUUUUCUGCAAGAGGAAGUGGGAGGAGGACCGCAAGACAGUGAAUCAGAGUCUGCAGAACUUGCAGGAUUACCCUGAAAAAUUCUGGUUCUUGUUGUACUGUGAAGGAACACGCUUCACACAAAAGAAACACCAGAUCAGCAUGCAGGUGGCUGAGAGCAAAGGCUUACCCAAACUAAAGCAUCAUCUUCUGCCCAGGACCAAAGGAUUCUGGGUAACUGUGCAAAACCUCAGAGGCACCGCUGCUGCGGUCUAUGACUCCACGCUGAACUUUAGAGAGAAAGAGGCACCAACUCUGUGUGAUAUCCUUAAUGGGAAAAAAUACCAUGCAGAUUUAUAUGUCAGAAGAAUCCCUCUAGAGUCAAUCCCAGAAGACGAGGCAGAGUGUGCUGCUUGGCUCCACAAACUCUACCAGGAGAAGGAUAGCUUUCAGGAUCAUUACAUUCAGACGGGGCGUUACCCCGGCCCCAUCGUGAACCCUCCACGCCGCCCCUGGGCCCUGAUCAACUGGAUCUUCUGGGCCUUCCUGCUCCUUUACCCGCUGGGCCUGCUUUUCACUCAGCUGAUCAGCUCUGGAUCAAUGUGGACCAUUUUGGCCUCUGUGGCUCUCUGCACUGCAGCCUCACUGGGUGUCCGCUGGAUGAUUGGCCAGACUGAGAUCAACAAAAGCUCAAACUAUGGCAACAAGGAAGUUCCUCUGAAUAAUAACUAAAGACUGCUGCAGCUCUGCACAGCUACAAACCUGCAAGGUGUUGGCAACUGAACGUGUUAACACCAGUCUGACAGGAUUUGCUGGUACAACAUGUGCAAACCUGCUUCAGAGCUCAGACAGCAUGGUAUCAUCUCGGCUGCAGAGGCCUAAGAUUCAAAAUCAUGAAACUGCGCUGUGGUGGGCAGGUCGCUUUGGGAAACAGAUGAAUGAGUGUGGUCAAGAUUGAGCACAGCUUUACUACAUUCCCCUAACAGAGCACGGAAAAGACAGCAUUUUCACAUAAAACUUCAAAUUUAGCAACAAAUGGACUACCUCUUUAAUAAUCAUGCAGAGAAUAAUGUUUUUAAUGACAGAGUAAAUAAACAUUUCCUUUUUUUUUUAAACACAUUUGGUUCAUCUUUUUAUUUCUACUCAGUAAUUAUUGCAUGAAGACUGGGAUGAUACCUGCACCUCUGCAGGUUUUCAGAGUCAUAACAUCAGGGCAGGUGACCUCUGCCUCAUUUUAGUGAAUAAAUAAAUAGACUGAGCUUCUAGAUAACAGAAUCGCCUGUGUGGAGGCAGAUUUACAAUGCAUCUCUUUGUAACACUUACCUGGUGAGGAAGUUGUUUCAGUCCCACUAACCAGUCAGUGAAAACUUGAAAAUGAACCAGGAAAUAUUAAAAUGAAAACAAAAUCCUUGUUUAAGAAUUUUCCAUAAACCAAAACUAAGGAGGAAAAGUCUUAUAUGGGAAGACCUAAACCUCCUAAGACCCUGCAAGCACAUAUGAGGACAUUCAUUCUGGUUUUCCGACAACAAAGUUAUAAUUUCUGAUUUUAGAAUUUUUGAGAUAAUUGUCCAUAACCUCCUGUGAAGUUAAAUAAAUUUGUUUUAAAGGUUAGGAGAAUUUUUUGUGACAUUUUGGGAAAUUUUCAUGCAAAUUUGGGGAAUUUGUCUGGAUAUUUGGGGGGAUUUGCUCAAAAAUUUUCAAGUAGUUAAAUGGAAAUUUUGAGAAUAUAUUUAAUUCUUUGGAGAGUUUAACUGACAAAGGAAAAUUUGCUUUGGAAUUUUUUUUUUAUUUUAUUUUUAUUUUUUUUUUGCGUUUUCAUAGAAAUUUGAAAUCUUUUGGAUUUUGGGGGAAUUUGUUCUUUUUUUAUGGAAUAAAAAAUAUAUAAAAAUAUUUGUUAUUGAUCCUGCUGAAUUUUGGGGGGAAUUUUUAUUCAAAAAUUGUGUUUUCAUGGGAUUUUGGGAAAUUUAUUUGUAUUUUUCUUAUAGUUUGACUGGAAAUUUGGGGGGCUUGAACAUUUUUUCAAGAAAUUUAUGAAAAUUUUGAAGAUAUGUUCAUAUAUUUUGAAAGGUUUUAAUUGUCAUUUCAUUUUCAUUAAACUCUGGAAAAAAUAUUUGUAACUUUUGAUAGUUUGAUUUGAUUUUU